UCGUACCUAGUGGCAAAAAUCAAAUGUUUUUUAGUCUCCAUAGUGAGUUAAAGUACACAUUUGUAGGCUAUUCUAAAUGUAAAUUUUUAUUAGAGUGUGUAGUAAGUGUGCAGAGGGGCUGAACUUCUGUCUGGACUGGCAGUAAUGCGGCUUAUGGACGGAUGACGGUAUGAAGGAUGGCACCAUGGCUAACUUACUAUGUAGUUUUGCCUCUCCUCAUAUUAUACCCCGCCUGCCUCUGUUGUCCCGAAGGCUCGUUUGAAGUUAACAUCAAGUGCUGGUGGCAUAAGGUUACAGCUUCCACCCACAAUGUGUCAGUCGAGUGCCGGGCCGAUCUACCAAGCUCUGUGCUGAAUUGUGGACUCUGUCACCUGCGUGUUGUCGUCCCUGAGGUAGCGGCGCGUGUCUCACUGACUCAAUGCAGCCGCACAGAUGCAACCUUUAACUGGCGUAUGGACGAGCAACAGAUGCAGAAUGCAACCUGCAUGCUGCCCUGUGAAGGACACGCACCUCAAAACUGUACUGUACGCCAAGGCUAUCCUCCUCCUAUUUGCUCAAUUAGUAAUGCAGAAGGAAAUAUCCAUUGCCACUGGACAGGGUCACCCAACCCGAUAAAUCCAACCAACUUCUCCUUACACUGGCAACAGGAUGAUAUGGAAGGGAAGAGUCGUUACAUUAACGUUGGAGAGAGGCACCAUGGCAUUAUCCCUCGUGAAGAAUACUCAACUUAUUCCUACAUCAAAGUGUGGGUAACUGAUUCAACUGCUCUGAGCUACAUGAAGUCAGAUCCCUUUGUAACCUGCAACACAGAAAAUAUCAUUCAGCCAUCCACUCCCAACAUAACACUUCACUCAUCUAAUCCCUUGGAGAUUCUUUGGGAAAUGGAAGCACAGUGGCAGUGUGAGGUUCAGUACCGGAAGCAGUGCGAGCAGAAUUGGACCGAGGUUAAAGGAUUUUACGAGGGAAGUUUUUUGCUGGAAGACACCCUGCCAUUCACCACAUAUAAGUUUCGUGUUCGCUGCUGGGUUGACUAUCCUGAAGAGAACAUUAUUAUGAGUAACUGGAGCUCAGUCUACUCUGUCAACACUCCUGCUGAAGCUCCAGUUGGAAAGCUUGAUGUCUGGAGUGACUGUGAUCUUAAUUCGAAUGACUCCAGCUGUACCGUCUUUUGGAAGGAGAUGCCCAAACAGCAGGCCAGAGGCAACAUCAGCAGCUAUGUGGUAACAGUGACGCUGACCAAUGGCUCGGAGUUAAACAUGGAUAAAGCAGUGAGAGAGGGAUCUGAAAUGACGUGUUUCCAAUGUGGGAUGAAUACGGUUGGAGCAAAACAAGCAAGCAUGGUCUCACAUACUCACCGGAGCAUUCGGAGGUGCGCUCAGGAUCAGGACCAACGCUGCUUCUAUUACUGCCAUCUCAGCAUUCCUAUCACAGACGUGAAAGGCAUUCAUGUGAUGGCUAACACGUCACAGGGGAGGUCAAGUCCGGCACUUGUUGCACUGCCCAGAACUGGUCUGCUGCAACCAACCGGUGUGUUAAAUGUAACAGGAGCUGGUCAGGAGCUGAACGUUUCGUGGUCAGUGCCUCCUCAGUUUGCUGAGAACGUGCGUGAAUAUGUAGUGCAGCAUAAGCUUGUAGGACUUCCUCACACCUCAUGCCUGAACUGGGUCAGAGUGGACAAAAACCGGAAGUCUGUCACACUUAGAAGUCAGUUGGCAAACUACACAGCCUACAACGUGUCUCUGUUUGCUGUUGUCAACAACUGUAGCUGUUUACUUCAGUCUGCUAUUGCCUACACUGUUGAAGGAGUUCCUCCAAAAGUCAGAGACAUCCAAUUUAGACGAAUUAGUUCAAGCAGCAUAAUUCUGACAUGGACACCCGUUCCACUUAGCAAGAGCCGAGGACGGAUCCUGAAUUACAUAGUGGGCCUCAAUAAUCACACAAAAGAACACAAAGUGGACUUCGAUAAAAGCAGUUACCAGCUGUCUGAACUAAAUUGUAGUCAGGAGUGUGAAGUGUGGAUCAGCGCUGUGACUAGUGCCGGGGUGGGAGAGCGAACAUCUGCCACAUUCACCACAAAUGCUUUUGAUGGCAUCUCAGUGCCGAUUAUAGUAGUUCCUGUUGUGCUGACUUUAGUGAUCCUUGGGUUAUUCAUUGUUUUUGUUUUCUGUUUUCGACCCAAGCUGUUUGGAUGGAUUAACAGAAUUCCCGACCCAAUCAACAGUACUUCAUUUAAACAGAUGAGUAAUCAGUUCUGGCACUCAUGGCCUGAGUCGUCAAACUCCAUUUCAGCACAGUACAGUUUACCCAUCUCUCAAAUAGAAGUAAUUCCACUCCCUAAACCAGAAGAGAACGAUGAACAGAUAGUCAGGUUACCUGAACUGAAAGAGCUGCAGUCUGAGCCAGAGGAAGACAGAGAACUCACAGGGGACAUGGAAGAAGGGCAGCAAGAAUCUAGAGGCAUGGAGAGGAGUGAUUCCAUGCUAGCUCAUAACAGGAAAGAGUACAGCCAGGUGAUUGACAGCAGCGAUGAAGAGAGCCGAAAUGAUGAAGAUGAUGAUGAUGAUGAUGAGGAGUGGGAUGAGAAGCCGUCCUCAUCAGACUAUGAGAGACAUUUUCUGCCAUGUAUUGUGGAUACCUGACAGGCUUUUUGGUAACUGAAUCUGGAUUAUGGAUCAGCACAGAAGUGGAAUUAGUUCUUUUUAUAUUUGAAUUUGUUGUGGUGCCUUAAAUAUUGAAGCCAUGUAAAAAUAUCCUCUGAGAUAUUUUACUAACAAGCAGCAUGCAGGCGUCGUGAUUAACAGAGGGUCAAAUAAGGAGUGGCGUUACAUGUGUAUAAUAAGGAAUUUAUACUGAAUUUAUACACAUUAGUACAUACAGUAUUCCUGAAAUGAGUGGUGCUUUGAAGGUGCAUCAUGUGCAGGUCAGAUGUUUCCAAUUGUAGUACGACCUUAAGUGCCUUCCUUUUGCUCUAUUUUCAUCCUAGCCAUGAGCAGUCUGGACAUUAAGGAAAUGUUUUGCAAUCUCUGGUGUUCUUACCUAUAAGAUAAAGAAAACCCUACGAAGGAACUGCGUGAAUGUUGGCCAGAAAGGCAAUGCGGUGCUCUAUAUAUAUUGCUCGUAUAAUCCUGAUCAGCAUGGAAAAGUCAGAGAAAAACCUGCAAAUGUACAAUAAUCCCUCGCUAUAUCGCGCUUCGACUUUUGCGGCUUCACUCUAUCGCGGAUUUUAUUUGCAAGCAUGUCUAAAUAUAAAUCGCGGCUUUUUCGCUGGUUCGCGGAUUUCUGCAGACAAGGGGUGUGUUCGAAAAGCUAGCUCUCUCUCUACAUAGACGCAUUUUACGUCAUCCUGUGCGCGCUCCCGAUUAGGAGGCUGUUCCAAAUCCUAGAAGCCUUAAAAUCCUCACUUCUUAACUUUUCAACGUUAUUUUCACUCAAAAAUGAGUGCGCAUCCGAUGCUUCCUUAGUGAUCAAGACAAUCCCAGAAUUCAUUGCUGGUCAGGUGCUCCUCUCUCGCAGAAAAAUAAACAUGGCUGAAGGGCCGGACAAACGAAUGGAGUUCUUUUCAAACGUAAAUAAAAUAUUACUGAUUUUUAACUUGUAUAAA